AUGGCAUUCAAUCCAUUUCUGGCCGCCUCAACUCGUCCCGACCUGGCGCUUUUCGCGCCAUUCAUGGGCGCCGCUUCCGCGUUCUUUCCGCGCGGCGGUCCGGCCGCAUUAGCUGCGGCUGCCGGCGGAAACGCGGCCGCCGCGCCUUCGCCACCCGAAGACGAUGGAAUUGUGGAUGAUCCGAAGGUGGAGCUGGAUGACAAGGAGCUAUGGCAGGAGUUUUCGGGAUGUGGAACUGAGAUGGUUAUUACGAAAAGUGGAAGGUGGGUUUUGAGGGGCGGAAAUUUGAAUUUUGCGCGAAAAAUUGAGCCUAGUUAGGCUAAGUCAACAUUUUUUUUGAUUUUUUGAACUUCCACGUGGAUUUUCAGCUUUAAAUUUGAAUUUUUCGCGAAAAAUUGAGCCGGAAAGUGAAUUUUAGAGCUGAGUUAGGCUAAGUCAACAUUUUUUGACAUUCCACGUGGAUUUUCUGCCUGAAAAUUAUGUUUUUCAGAAUUUUUAUUUGAAAUUUUGAAUUUUGCGCGAAAAAUUGAGCCGGGAAGUGAAUUUUAGAGCUGAGUUAGGCUAAUUCAACAUUUUUUGACAUUCCACGUGGAUUUUCUGCCUGAAAACUAUGUUUUUCAGAAUUUUAAUUUGAAAUUUGAUCAUUUUUGGACAGAAAAUUUCAUUUUUCGAAAAUUUUAUUGAUUUUUAGUUUGCAACGUGUCAAAAUUAUCGAUUUUUCCACGUAUCAUUUUCAUUUUCAUUUUCAAAAUUUCAAUUAUUAUUAUUUUCCCAAAUAUUUUCUUUAUUUAUUUAGCCACUUUGCUUCUUUCCCAAGUGACUUAAAAUAAUAAGUAAGUGGGAAGAAAAGUGUCGAAUUUCCCCCCAGCCAACACAAAUUCCUUCCUUGAGCGAGAGCAAAAUUGAAUUUGAGGCUUCCUUCAGAGGCUCGAAAAUUGACACUUUUUCGCUUUUCUUGGAGCAAGAAGCUACCGUAAUCUUUUUGGGAAAAGGCGUGAAAAAAAACGAAAAAUGUUUAUCACAUUGAGAGAGAGAACAAUUGUUCUUAUCGAUUUUUCUUCUUCACAACCAAACAAACAAAGAAGUUUGCGGGCGCUGGGAAUCGAACCCGCGCGCAAAAUCAUACCAAACCAGCGCGCUACCACUGCGCUAUAGGUGUGUUUGGGGAAGCGGGGGCAAAUGGCAUAUUUAAAUACACCCCUCGCCCUGGAUUUUAAUUUUCAAAUUUUCAGACGAAUAUUCCCGGCGUACCGCGUAAAAUUAUCGGGUCUCGACAAGAAGAGCAAAUACAUCCUGCUAAUGGAUCUGGUGCCAGCCGAUGAAUGUAGAUACAAAUUCAAUAAUAGUCGAUGGAUGGUUGCUGGAAAAGCCGACCCCGAAAUGCCGAAGCGAAUGUAUAUUCAUCCGGAUUCGCCGAGUCCAGGUGGGAUUGCGGAGUGUCGUUGUUUUUUUGCUAUUUUUAUGUGUUUUCAGGUGAACAUUGGAUGUCAAAAGGUGCGAAUUUUCACAAAUUAAAGCUCACCAACAAUAUUUCGGAUAAACAUGGAUAUGUAAGUGGAUUUUUGAAUUUUUAAAUGCGCCGCCCAUCUUUUUUACAGUAGGAAAAUGAAAAGAUUCUUUUGAAACGAAGAAAAAACAAAAUUUCAUAUUCUUUUUGGACAAAAAGAGUCGAAUUUCGCGCACGGCAUUUGAAUGCUAAUUUUUUUGGGGGAGAGAAAAUUAGCGGGGAAAAUUUCGGGGAAAAUUUGAAUUCGGAAAGUUUUGGCGGGAAAAUAUGAAUUUAAAAAUAUGAAAAAUUUGAAUUUUUCAAGUUUCGCGGUACAUUUGAUACUCAGUUAACCAUUUUUAAUUUUGAAAAAGUGUUGGUUGAGUAUCAAACGUACGCAGUCAAAUACAAUUUCAGCGGGAAAAUUGAUUGAUUUGAAUUUUUGAAAUUUCGCGCUUUAGCUGAGUAUUAAAUGUACGCAGCUAAAUUUGAAAAUUAUUCAAAUUGGCUGCGUACGUUUGAUACUCAGCUAGAAAAUGUUUAGGGGGAAUUCAUAGUUAAAUUGGCUGCGUACGUUUGAUACUCAGUCAAAAAUUUGUUUUGAUUUUUGAGGCUGAGUAUUAAAUGUACGCAGCUAAAUUUGAAAAUCAAUCAAAUCAAAAAAAUUGGCUGCGUACAUUUGAAACUCAUUCAAUUUUCAUGAAUUUUCUCUAGCUGAGUAUCAAACGUACGCAGCUAAAUUUUUUAAAUCUAAUUUUUUUAGCGCGAAAAUUUUGAAAUUCAAAUUUUCUCCCACCCUCCAAAAUAUUAAAUUUCCAAAAAUCCGCGGAAUUUGAAACCGACAAAUCGCCAGAUUUGUCAGCCAGCUCGAAAAAAAAAUGGAAAUUUGAGAUGACUUUUGGGGGGGGGGGACGAAAAUAAAUAGAAAUGUAAAUAUGAGGGGGGAUCCCAUGGAAAAAUUUAGCUGAGUAUCAAACGUACGCAGCCAAUUUAACUAUGAAUUCCCCCUGAACAUUUUUAGCUGAGUAUCAAAUGCACGCAGCCAAUUCUGUUGAUUUGAUUAAUUUUCAAAAUUGACUGCGUACAUUUGAUACUCAGCUUCAAGAAUCAAAACAAAUUUUCUAGCUGAGUAUCAAACGUACGCAGCCAAUUUAACUAUGAAUUUCCCCUAAACAUUUUCUAGCUGCGUAUUAAACGUACGCAGCCAAUUCUGUCGAUUUGAUUAAUUUUUAAAAUUGACUGCGUACAUUUGAUACUCAGCUAGAGCGCGAAAUUUCGAAAAUUCAAAUAAAUCAAUUUUCCCGCUGAAAUUGUAAAAUUUUAAUUUGACUGCGUACAUUUGAUACUCAGCCUUCAAAAAUCAAAACAAAUUUUUGACUGAGUAUCAAACGUACGCAGCCAAAUCAAUUCCAUCCCCUGAAAACACUCAAAAUCCACCAAUUUUCACCCAAAAACCACCAAAAUUCCCCAAAUUUCAAACGACACUCCGCCAAUUCCGCUUCUUUUGCAGACAAUCCUCAACUCAAUGCACAAAUAUCAGCCUCGAUUACACGUUGUUCGAUGCGAUGACAUCAUGAAUCUACCGUAUUGCACAUUUCGAACUUUUUGUCUUUCGGGAAACUGA